GUGAUCAUGAGAGUUGUGGGUUGUGUGGUUGUGUUGUAGAAUUGAUACGGUACUCAUCAACCAUGGCUCUGUUGCUCCUUGCGAUCUUGCUGCUGCUAAGCGCAGAGUACAACUUGGCCUAUGUGCCUUUUUCAUUAUCAUCCGGAAGGCAAUGGUCAUCAUCACAGCUUGCUUCCGAUGCUACCGACAACAAUAAUAAUCAUAAUGUCAUCGCAGACUGCCUGCUACGAGGUGUCAACAUUAUGGAUGCGGUCAUGACCUCGGAAUUCAUGCAUUCGUCGCCAUCUUUGAAAACCAUGUACUCGCAAAUGAUCAAGAACGUAGAAAUCAAACAAUCGUCCAUUCCGGAUGCCGGACUCGGGCUCUUUGCCAAAAAGAACAUCAAGGCUGGAACCAUAGUCUCGUUUUAUCCAGCGCAUGCCUUGGGAGUCGAUAAUGACGAUCAAUGCUUGUUUGUCCAGGCUCCACAAGAUGCCGACUACUUUCGAGACCAUCCCAGUUCCGACUCGUGUUAUCUGCACUGCACGGAUCAACCACUAUUCCGACGAACAUCACUCCUCCAGCAACAACUCGCCAACGACAACGACAUGCCACUCUACUUGGACGUGAAUCCCCACCGCAAACCCAUUGUGGAUGGAUGGGUCAGCCAAUUCAUCAACGACGGAGCCGUGGUACAAAGCAAUAGUGAAGAGGGAGUAUUGGACUAUUAUGAGGCCACGGGCCGUGCCAAAAACUGCAUUCACAUUCCCUGGGGACCAUCGCCCGUCAUGGCAACUGUCACCACGAGAAAAGUCAAAAAGGGACAAGAACUAUUCACGUCCUAUGGAUCCACCUAUUGGUUAGGGGUCCUUUUGGGGAUUCAUGGAACACAAGGAGUCGGUAUUACUCCACCCAUUCAGGCCAAAAUUCAAGAAACUGCACGAGAUUUGCUCGCAUCCAUGCAAGCAGUCUCCGUCACGUAUGAUCAACAAGCCCAAGCCAUGCAACAAGAAUUCGACAAGGUGGCGGAUGCCGUGGGUGCUGUACGUGAGUGAGUAGUGUUAGGAAUGGAUUGGAAUAUAGGUUGAAAAUAGGCAACACGAAAAUACUGGCAAAAAAGGUCAGGAUGAAGCAGCAUUGGGUUACGUCACGCUUAGAACGAGAAAACUUUGUUGUCACCAGGAAAGACCCGUCAGGCAACUGCUCGUCUUUGUGAUGCAGCGUGUCGCCAAGUGUUGAUGGCAAAAGCCUGCCGUUGAUGAUGGAUGGGCGCACUGACCCCGUGAUUCACACUGGCCUUGAUGGAUGCCGUACACCUACUAAAGCAUAUUUGCUACUAGCUCCUAGUAGCAAGAAUCAAGCCUUUCGUCGUUAUUCAGAAGGAUUCCUGGACCGGCGAGGUCUUUCUUUUGAAACCAUUUCACUUCCAUCUGUUUAGAAUAAUACCCACAGCUGGCUAUCUAGAUACGGUACAGUGGGCUUCCUUACACUGUUUCGAUCAUCGUGUUGUGGUGGUUUGCCAGAUGUCAUCCCUGCCUUUAGCCUCGAAUCAUGACAUGCUAAGAAGCCAAAGUAUGAUAUCUUUCUUGUGUCGUGUCGGUGAUCCGUGCUUCCCAGAUCUGCCC